UUCUAAAUGUUUCCAGAACAAUAACCCUCUUCCUUGAAGAAGACGAAAGAAACUUUCUGUUUGCAAUAGAGAUCACGCUUUUAAACGGAAUGAAUUAUCAAGCACUUUUCAGUUACUUUCUCUUACUAUAUUCAUGUUCCUCAAGUCAAUCAAAACCAAAACUAACUCGAAGGUAUCUCGACGGAGACAAGUACGUUUUUGUCAUCGACAAUCUCUUCCCGGCAGAAGUUGUUCGUGGGUAUUAUGGCCUUGUCACUUCUGGGAAACUAGAGGGGAAGAUCUCUUCGUGGUUUUACGCAUACAACGAUUAUUACCAAAACAUUGAGACUUUUAAUACAUCUAGUAAUUCGCCUUGGGUUGCUCCUGUCAAUCCAGAGUUUUUCUCCGAUACAGCUUUAUGGAAUAUAAGCCGCAAAGUCGUGGAAAAGUUAUCUGGAGGGAGAGAAUAUUUUCCAUACGAUGUCACUUUCUCAAUGCAUCGCAGACUGGAUUUUAUAACUGCUUCUAGCAAGGAGAACAACAUAGAUGAAGAUGAACUCAUGAUCAGAAUAUCUCUGAACAAAGACUUCAAGAGAAAUGAUUAUGGGGAGGCUAUUUUUUACAAAGACAGCAGAGAAAUUCUAGCAGCUGUGUAUCCCAAAAUGGGACGGAUGGUUGUCUGGAAUGCAACAGUUCCAUUUAUCUUCAAGCCUCCUGCAAUGUCGUAUGUACAAGCACAAUUUGACAUUCUUGUAAGAGUGACAACAUCAAAAGAGAAAGCAAAACAAGCUAUUGCAGAAACAAAGAGAUUAAUUAAAAAAUCAGAAAGCCAGGAAACUCUAGGAUUUGCCCUUUCAGAUGAGGGUGAAAUUCCUGUGCUGGACUUGAGUAAAUAUGAGAAGAGGAGGUUCCAUGACAGUCAGGGUAGAGAAAUUGCAGUCUUUGAUGGUCUUGUUGACAAAUCAGAUCUUGAUGCAUUGCGACUCUUCUUGUUGCACUACAACAGUGUUUUCCAGUACCAACCAUUUGAUGGUGUGGAUGAAGAACAUGACAAUGUGUCCUGGAUCGCAAUGUUAAAGGUGAAACACUUUGUAAAAAGUCGUUUGUGGAAGAUUGUGAAGCUGCUGGCUACAUACCUUAGUGGUCUUGAUGAAUGGUAUCCAUAUGAUGUGUCCAUGAAUAUCAUCAGAAACUCACAUUAUCCCAGAAUUCAUGAAGACUGUGAGCCUAAUGAGCAUGAAUACACCUUUCUCAUGUACCUGACUCCUGACUGGGAGGCGAAUAACUAUGGAGAAACUGCAUUUUUCGAAGAGGUUUUAUCCCAAGACGGAACACCCUACCCCCCUGGACAACAACAGUAUGAGUGGAUUGCUUCUGUACGUCCACGAUACGGAAGAAUUGUAAUUUUCCGAGGGAUUAUUCCUCACUCAGCCAGACCACCGAGCCCUGGGUUUAGUGGGGCAAGGUACACUUUCGCUUGUAAGGUUGCUCGUAACUACCUUCUAGCAAUGUCGAAGUCUCUACGAGAAACACUGGAAUAUCUGGAAAUGGGAAACAGUGAAGAUCCAGCUGCAUAUGAACUGUUAAGUAAUCUGAUGGCAGAUGAGGAAGACAGACCACCCUUUUCGAUCGAGUUUAUUGAAAAACAGCUCGAACAUCAUCGGCGAAAGAAAGAAGAAAUGUUUGAAGGACUUCGCAAUUCUGCUAUGAAGGAAAUAUCUGGAGCUAAGGCGCCUAUUAAAGAUGAGCUUUGAGUGCGACAUUUAAUUAAGCAAUGUACAUUCAGGUUUAAGUUAGAUCUUAGAUUCGAUUGUAUUUAAUAGGAAACCAGAACGUAAAAAAGGUCUUAGGGUCAAAUAUAUUGAGACAAGAGUGA